AUGCCUAAUUGGAUUUAUAGCAAAAUGCCAUUCAAAAAUUUCGUCUUUUGGAAACGACUAUAUAAUUAAGCUAAGUAGAAAUAAGAAAAUUCAAAAAAGUAAUUAAAUCUGAUUGAAUAAAAAUAUAUAAUAUAAAAUGAGACAACUGCCCCACGGGGCAUACAUAAAAUUUUUUAGAUUGGGUCUGGGGUCGGUUACAAUUAUUAUUUAAUAUUUUGGAAAAUAUAAAAAACCAUGGUAAUUUUUAAAAACUAAAAUAAUUCGAAAAUACUUUCCUAAAUUUAUGCAUUUUGA